GUGACGUCACCUUCCUUCCCCUCUCUCCCUCCGCUGUUAGCAGAGUUAGCGCUAGCAGUUAGCCUCCAGCAGCUGUCGGUGGCACUCAGUCAGUCCGAGUGGUGGUGCAUUUGCAGUCUGUAACAGUUUUUUUCGUCCCUCCUGUAGGUACACCUUGGACGGCUGGGUUGUUUCUCUAGGAGCCAGUUGCUUCACCUCCUUGGGCUACCGUUACCUGUGGUAAAUUAUUGUUGUCCCCGCUGACACGACAGGAAGAAGCUCUGGGACAUGGCCAGACCAGAACAAGUCCUGGUGCUAGAGCCACAACAUGAACUGAAAUUCAGAGGCCCUUUUACAGAUGUCGUCACUGCCACUCUGAAGCUCAGCAACCCCACGGAUAGAAAUGUGUGUUUCAAAGUCAAGACCACCGCGCCUCGCAGAUACUGUGUGCGCCCAAACAGUGGCAUCAUUGACGCUGGAAACUCUGUCAAUGUUUCUGUUAUGCUCCAGCCGUUUGACUACGAUCCCAAUGAAAAGAGUAAACACAAAUUCAUGGUGCAGUCCAUGCUGGCUCCGUACGGCAUGACUGACAUGGAAGGAGUUUGGAAGGAGGCAAAGCCCGAAGAGCUGAUGGAUUCCAAGUUGAGAUGUGCAUUUGAGAUGCCUCUAGAAAAUGACAAAUCUCAUGAGAGUGAAAGCAACCAAACUGUAUAUUCCUCUGCCUCCUCUGUUAAGACUGAGCUCUCCACACUUCCCAAGUCAACCAGUGCCUCGCUGGAUGACGGGGAGGUGAAGAAGAUCAUGGAAGAGUGUAAGCGGCUGCAAAUGGAAGUGCACAGGCUACGGGAAGAAAACAAACAGAUCAGGGAGGACGACGGGCUGCGGAAGAGAAAGGGGACCUCAGUGGGCUCUCCUCACUCCUCCUCCUCCUCCGCCAUGGCUACCUCGGUCAUGAGGGACGAAGGCCUAAGCACCCGCAUCCUGGCCCUCUGCGUCCUCUUCUUUGUCAUCGGAGUCAUCAUUGGCAAGCUCGCCCUGUAGAGACAGUCAGAGCACAGUGACAGGCGGGCGGACGGCGUGCUCGGCAGGACACGCGUCGACGGCAAUGGGGAUGUCUUCGGGGGUUUAUGUUUGUUUGUUUGUUUUCUCUUUUUUUAACAUCUGAGGCAAUAUCAUGAUUGUUUAUCUGGAUGGAAACUAAUAUAAUGUCUAAGAAGAGAAUGAAGCAGGGCAAUCCCAAGUUGAAGCAUGAGUGCGAGGGUUUUUGUCACAGUUCUUGCCUUUUUUCUUUUGUGAAAUAAUCACCAUCUCUGAUCUGUUGUUUCCAUCUAUCCCUCCUUCCUAAAUGAUCUUCCGCAACUUGCACAGGUAACAGUUAUUUGUGUGUGUGUGUGUGCGUGUGUGUGUAAGUGGCUUCACGCUGGCUGAAUGUCAAGUCUUUUGUCACUUAAGUCUUCAACUUCUCUUCCAUGUAAUACUGAUAACCUACAAACAGAGGUAAACAGUGAUCAGAGAGACUUUUUUUUUUUUUUUGAAACUCCAUGUAUUGUUUUCUAAACAGUAUGUGGUAAAAAUGUGAGCCAGUUUGUGUGUGUGUGUGUGUGUGUGUGUGUGUGUGUGUCCUCUUAAUUUUGCCUCCUGCAGGCGGGCUGAUGUGACAGUUUGUUGACGUUUGUGUGUGAGAUCUUAAAUGGUGAAAUCACAGGCUGGUUUUAGAGCAAAGGGUGAGGGGUGGUUUGAAAACAUAACUUUCAUCUGAACAGAUUUCCUGCACACACAACUGAAAAAUGGGGGCUUUGUUGAAAAUCGGAUUAAAACUUGAUAUUUCUUUAUGCCGUUUGAAAACUAUAUAAUCAUGUCAAUCUAAAUUAAGAUGAAUUGAUGCUGCAUGGUGAUCUAGGUAAAAAAAAGCAGAGCUAUAAUUUAGUUCAAGAUGUCAGAGAUUCCCGUUAAUGCAUAAACGAUAAUUGCUUCCUCAGGCUAAGAGGCACCAGACCAAAUUGCCCCCCCCCCCCCCAUUUUUUAAAACGGGGCACACUUGUCAUGCAAGACCAACGUUUUACAACGGACACUUUCAAUAUAUAAUAUAAAAUAUAUAUAACAGCUUUGGCCACCUUGUUUAAUUUUGCUCAUGGAGUAUUGUAUUUGCCUCAUUUAGUCUAUUACAGCAGUCUUUUCCCUUUUUCUUUUUAUGUAGUCCAAUGUUUCUGUUAAUAAUACCCAACUGCACCAUAAAGUGUCCACUCUGCAGUCUGCAUGCAAUGACUUUUAUUUGAGUGUUGAAGUUAUAUUGGUAAAACAAAAAUACCCUUUUCUAAAAAGGGACCAUCUUGAGUCUGGUUUCUGGGUGCGGUUUAUUUCCUUUUGAUUAUUCCUUUGUUUUAUGUCGGGCUCGGGUGGUAGUGAGAUAACUGAGACAACACAGCUGUAUUAUCUUGGUUGUCACAUGACCAUCUUAGUAGGUUGUUAAAGAUAAAUAUGUUUUUUUGUUGCCUGAGGGAGCUUGGGGAUCAAAGAAGUGGGAAUGUGGGUGGCUGGGAGGAGGACUGACCUGUCAAUACGCACUACACUAAAGAGACAAAACAAAGGCAUCAGUGCAACCACACAUACAUAGAUCCAGUCACAUAAUGAUGUAAUCACAAUGUAAUUGGAUACACUUUUGUAUGUACAUAAAUUUACUUAAACUGAUAACUGACAAAGUUAUUAACAUAAUGUAGUAAAGGAAGGAAAUAAUUAAGCAACCAUCAUGGAUGAUGUAGCAUCAUAAGGAAUUAAAAUGCAUAAACCCACAA